UGAUUUACAUUAACAACAACGGUGCAUAAAAAAGAAGAUAAAAUACCAAAAUCAUACUAUUUUAGCUAAAAGAAAAACAAACACAAAAAAAUAGCAGUUGUCACUGCGUACUAACAACGGGAAUCUGCUGAAAUUGUUGGAGAAAAGAAAAGAAGAGACUUCUCGAAGAUGGUAGAACGUUACGUGAUCACGACUUUGUUGCUUAGUUUCAUCUCAUUUUCUUCAAUCGUUUUCGCUUCUUCUUCUUCUUCAUGCUCCUCCAUCGCUGGGUUACCGCUUGUGAGAAAUAUCAGCGAGAUUCCUCAGGAUAGCUAUGGUAGACCAGGUCUCUCUCACGUAACCGUUGCUGGUUCAAUCUUGCACGGAAUGAAAGAGGUUGAAGUAUGGCUUCAAACAUUUUCACCAGGAACACAUACCCCAAUUCACAGACAUUCUUGUGAAGAAGUUUUUAUUGUUCAAAAAGGCAGUGGCACUCUUUAUAUUGCAUCAUAUUCACAUGGGAAGUACCCUGGAAAGCCAGAGGAGCACUUUAUCUUUCCAAACAGCACAUUUCAUAUUCCUGUCAACGAUGCUCAUCAGCUUUGGAACACCAAUGAGCAUGAGGAUUUACAAGUUCUAGUUAUAAUAUCUCGUCCACCAGUUAAAGUGUUUGUAUAUGAUGACUGGUCUAUGCCUCACAGUGCAGCGAGACUGAAAUUCCCCUACUAUUGGGAUGAGCAAUGUUCUCAAGAAUCUUCAAAAGACGAAUUGUGAUUUAUGGUCAAGGUGUACACUUAAUACAUGUUUUAUUGCUGGGAUGUUGCAUUGUUGUACAGAAUUUCUUAACUACAAGUUCAAAACUGUUAGACAAUCAUAUUCUUUAGUCUAAUAUCACCACUUUCCACAUAGACUUGAAUAAAUUAGCAGGUUCUAAAAUUUUGCUA